UUCCCGUCCGCAGGCCCAAGUGGCCGUCAGCGUCGUUCGUGGCGGUGGACGUGCUCGUGACGGCCAUGGCGUACCGCACGCCCGUGGUGGCGCUGGGCGACAAGGCGGGGGUGCUGCGCUGGUGGGACGUGGUGUCAGGGGCGGCAGGCACACACGCGCUCAACAGAGGGGCCAUCCGACGGCUCAGAUUCGCCCCCACCCUUGUCAGCUCCAGCAGCUGCGGUCGGAUUGCCGUCAUGUUCCACGACUACUCCUUCGCGCUCUUUGACCUGGACGAGGGCGAGUUUGUGCCGGCGGCGCUGCCGUGGGAGGCGGCGGCGGCGCUGCAGGUGCUGGAGAUGGACUGGCUGCCGCUGCAAGGCCCCUCGCCCCUGGGGCAGUCCGCCGCCCGCCAGCUGCUGUGCGCCGCCGCUGCGGACGGCACGAUCCGGCUGCUGGAGAUCAACACCAACGCCCCUCUGAAGCAGCCCUUCUACCGCCCGCCUGCCUCGCGCCUCGCCGUGUGGCACCGCUUCCGCCCCUCGCCCCUCUGCUCCGUCGCCCUCAUGCCCGCGCCCUGCGCCCUGGCGCUGCGCCUGCUGCUGCAGAUGGGCGUGCACCCCGUGUGGCUGGAGGCGCCGCUGCCGGGCGGUGGGGAGGGCGACAUGGGCGAGGAGGGCGAGGGGGAGGAUGACACAUCCACGCGCGAUCUGCUCUCAAACCUGCUGCACAUGGGGGAGCUUCCAGGCAAUGUGGGAGACCCCGCCAUGGCAGAGGUGCUGCUCAAGGGGCUGCAGCCAAUGCGCGUGGCAGGCCAGCUGAUGGGGGUGGAGGCGGCGAGGGCGUACUCCAAGGUGUGUGGGGACGGCGUGGCAGCGCGGUGUGCGUGUGUGGCGGCGCACUACGGGGACAUCCACGAGGCGCACUUCUGGCUACUUCUGCCGCACGCCCUCCGCCUCCUCGCCCAGGGCUCAGCCGGGCCGCACGCCUUCUGGCCUGCCGAAAACGCAUCCAAUGCCCCCUAUGGCAGCAGCAGUGGUGGCAGUUGUGGUGCCACAACGUCUGGUGACGCGGCAGAAACUGAAGCAGGAGGAAGCAUAGAGGAAGGAGAUGGGAGAAGCAAUGCCUCUUCUGCACAGAUGCAACAAGAGGAGAAGCAGCAGCAGCAGCGAGAGCAGCAAUUCAAGAAAAGCCUUGACCAGUCAGGGGCGAGCAGCGGCGGCGAGUACGUGGCGGAGGCGUUGGGGGAGGAGGUGGAGGUGUGGGGCGACGAGAUGGGCGUGCGGCGAAUGGCGCUGGAGCGCAUCCAGUGGCACAGCAAGGUCACGGGGGCGGACGCCGCACAGAAGCGUGUGCACGAGUUCAUAGCGGUGGGCGACCUGGAGGCGGCGGUGACGCUGCUGCUGGCCACGCCCUUCGACUCCCCCGCCUUCCACGCGGACGCCCUGCGCGCUGUCGCUCUCGCCACCGCCGUGUCGCCCGCCAUGCACCACCUGGCCGCCAAGGUGGUGGCGACGAACAUGGUGCUGGCAGGCGAGCCCCUCACUGCCGUGCACCUGCUGUGCUCCGUGGGGCAGUAUGCCGACGCCUGCACCCAGCUGCAAGCCAUUGGUCGAUGGGUCGACGCUUCAACUCUUGCCGCCUGCCACCUGUCAGGCGCUGAUAGGGCCAAAGUGCUCCAUCGCUGGGCACAACACACUCUCAGGAACGAGCAUGACCUGUGGAGGGCGGUGACGCUGUACGUGGCGGCGGGCAGUCUGACGGCAGCGCUGCGUGCGCUGAGGGAGGCCCACCAGCCCGACACCGCCAUGAUGCUGCUGCUCGCCUGCCACCAGGCCGCCAACCGCCUCGCUGCGCCGCCCCGCCGCCUCGCUGCCAGCACCACCGCGCCUGUGGCCAUCGGAAGGCAUCUGCCAGCCGUGGGGGCAGGAGAGGGGCAUGCCGGUGCAAAGAAUGGUGCAGGGGGGGAAAACGAAAAGGGGGAGGGAGGGGAGGGAGGGGAGGGAGGGGAGGGAGGGGAAGGAGAGGAGGGAGCGGAGGGAGUGGAUGGGCAGUUGUGGCUACCGGGUGACUUGAGGACUCAGGGGGAGGAGGAGGUGCAGGUGGUUUGUGGGCUGUUCUCACAGCACCAGCGGUGGCUGGCUCACUUGUGUGCUCCGCAUGAUGCUGAAUGAUUCUUUGUCUACUUCCUCUCAUCCAUAAGGGCAACGCCUAGGGGGCUUAAUCACCGUAAUCCCCCGGAUAAUGGACCCGCCGGUAAGAAAGUCCAUGGGUCCUUUACCCGGGGGUGGGAUCAUUUAUUUUGGCAGACCCCGUGAGGACCCGCUUUUUGGCAUUUAACAUUUUAGGACCCCCCAGCUGUGUUUUCUUGUAAGAUUUUGCAUGUAAGAAUAGAAACUGCUGCUGAUGCUUUUACUGUACGGUUGGUGCUGGCAGCAGGUUGGUGCUGUGUGUUCUUACGAGCCUCUUCCCAGCCUCCUCUUCACCAUAUUC